AUGAGCAAGCUCUGGGCGUCCACGGACGAGGCCGACUGGGCUGCUAUCCAUGCGACGUACGACAACGUCGCUGCGAGCCUCGAGGAGCCGCUGCGGUCGCUGGAGGCUUGGUAUCGCGCCGAGUUGCCCGAGCUGCUCAUUACCCAAGGCCACAUCACGCAGGCCCAGCUCUCCAAACUCAUGCAGUGGAAGCUCGCCAAAGGCAAAUGGCGACCUCGCUUGCAGGCGUUUGUCGAUGCGCUUGACGACGCCGAGGUCCAAGCAGCGUCCACGAAAGGCUUUGCAGCUGUGAACGACGGCAACGUCAGGGAAGCGGUGGCAGCCAUCUCCGAACUCAAGGGCGUCGGGCCUGCGACGGCCUCGGCCGUGCUCGCUGCAUACUCUCGAUCCGUCGCCUUUAUGGGCGACGAAGCCCUCAACGCGAUGACGAAGGCCAUUGGCGCUCGCCAGUACACGCUGCCCCAUUUCGUGCGGUUCACCGAGGCGUUGCGGGCGAGAGCGACCGUCCUCGGCGGCGCAUGGACACCGCAGGCGCUACAAGAGGCGCUCUGGCUCGAGGCGACUGCAUCCGAAGCGACGCCCAAGCGCAAGCGGUCGCCAGCAGCGGCCACCGGCAGCAAGAAAAAGACCAAGAAGACAGCGGCGUAG